CGAAUUUGUUGUGGAAUAUGCCUAGGCUAUGGACUGAGUCGAGAACUUAAAGAACAUAAACAGAUGCCGUUUAAAUGGGCCAGCUAACAGCUUCAACCAGUAUAAAGUUAGUGAAUUCGAGUCAAGCCGGAUUCAAGUCUCUGGAAGUGGUAUAGAAGUGGAACAGAAUCUCAGCUAGCUAGCUCAGCUCAGUCGUAUGAGCAACAUAAACGCAAUCCCCAACUGAUAAUGAAGUCACCCGUCGAUUUGGAUUGACUGGAUGGUGAGGCUGAGUCUGGAUCUUGAUGUGGUGAUGCAGUGCAUGCAGGACGGUAGUAAUAAUAUGCACCGGACAGGGUUGAAUAUUGCAGUCUGAACUGAUGUUUGAAGAUGUAGUGAGCAAACUUUGUGAAUAUGCUUCACUUUAGAUUUUCUCAGCUGAAGCUUAGACAAGAUCCAACUCAACAGAGAACUACAUCAGGUUUUUCUGGAGAAAAGAUUGAUAUGGCAAUGGAGCUUGUCAAUGAUGAGACAGAUCAAGCAGGGCAGCCAGGUGAAAGUAACUUUCUGGUUCCAGACAUUUCAACAAGAUCAAGCUUGGAUAGCAUGAAAAAGAAGCUAGAAAGGAUGAAGCACUUCAGGUCUACGCCAGGCCCUAGACCAAGUUCUACGAAGGGAUGGGAUCAGACUGAAUCAGCUGGACAUAGACAUGAUAGAGAUAUUUCUCCUCUUGCAUUCGGUCGAGUUCCAAUGUGUAGUCCAAACUAUUUGGGACGAAAGCCACCAAUGUCUGAAGAGCUGGCUAAACUCUGUUCAGAUUCCCCAAUAUCCCCUUUCAAGUCUGACUCAGACAAUUCCUCAUGCCUUUUUGCAGAUGAUUCUUUCCUGUCGUCAGCUGAUUUUGCAGACGAUGUUUUUGAUGUUUCCUCGAGAGAUGCCAGAUUUUAUAAUGAACGCUCCCAUUGGAACAGGCAUGAUUCUGAGGUUUCCUUUGAUAAAUAUGUAAGAGAAAAUGAAUCUGCAGUAACAAAAGGGGCAGCAAUUGCAGGCAGUCCUAGCAAAAUAAGGCACAAAAACUACCGGGCAAUCCGACGCAUCAAGAGUGCAUCCUCCUAUCGCUAUUGUCCCUUUAAAUCCUCUCAACAAAAAGCAAAUACGACAUACUCUGGCACAAGAUGGUAUAAAGCCCCAACAGACUCACGACUCUAUGAAGUAAGGAAAAGAGAGCUCAAAGAAUCUAACCAAGCUGCAACUAAUGCCAUCACCUUGCCAAAAAGGGUCUUGCAAUUUGAAGAUUGUGACAGUCAAACCAAUCAGCAAGAUCAUGUUAUAGAAAAGGCCAAGACUGAAAUCCAUGUUGAGCUAGCUACCAGUAGGACUGAAACUCCUGAAUCAGGCUAUGGUUCACUGAAUACUACCCGUCAAACUCCAGAUUUGGUACUCAGCGAAACCCCUGUGACCAGAUUACCAUUUCCAAGAACUGAACAUGUUCCUUCAAAGAACAAUUCCUCGUACAGGAUCAUCAAUACCCUUGCUGUCCCUUGGCUUGAGAAGUUUGACAUUAUAUCCAAACUUUAUGGUAUAGCAUCCCAUGUUGUGGAAAAGAUCUUCUCCUAUUUGGAACCAAAAGACCUUGUGUUAUUCUCUUCAGUAAGCCCGAGAUGGCGCCAUAUAUGCUCGUCGCAUCCUCCUACAGCAAAGAUCAGGGACCACUACCUCAAAGCAAAGGAAAAUGAUUUCCAAUUAAGGAAGGAGAAUAUUCCAUCAUCAUCUGGCUUACCAAACAGAGGACGUGUCGUAACAGGACCAGGCACACCCUUGGCUUCUGUGCAGACCUUAGGUACACCAACCUCUUCAAGUACUCCAACCAUGAAAAUGACGCGAAUUGAUCAAUUCUAUGAACUUGGAAAACAACUGCAACAUGGGGAAAAGCUUGAGAAAUGCAAAUGUGGAUCACCAGCUCGGAUUGAAACCAGAACGAGGAAGGCUUCCUGCUCCAGUAUGCACUGCCAGUUUGAAUUCUGCAUCAAGUGCAGGAUGAAUUACCAUGGCAACAGCCCUUGUUUGUCAUCAACCAGUGCCAGACGGGCAAGAGGACCCAGUGUUGGAUCGAAGAAGAGUAAGAAUAAUUUACGACGUCACACCCGUCUCUCUGCAAAUGAUUGACAGUUCAUUGUUUGCUGCAUGCAAAAUAUUGCCUUUUUAUGUCACUCUAUUUUGUUGAAUAUUCUUCAAUGUCAGAUCAUUAGUAUUAUCUCAGUCACAUUCAGAAUUUAUUCCAAGCUGACUUGAUCUGACUCGUUGCUCCUCAACUGUUUUACCCAAAUCCCUACUUUUACUUUUCUUGUAGCCCAUGUUCAUUCUUUGUAUGCCCACCUCACAGAAUGAUGUGAUAAGAAGACACAACAAUUAACAUACAUGGUCAUGUUUGACAAAAAUAUGAAACAAAUUCUAUGGAAAUUAUUUAAACCAUAGCAUUUCAAAUGUUGCCAUCCUGGGCCAGUUUUCAAUUUCAUUCCGAAAUGGUAUUUUCUAAAAUUACCAAAUGGCAUUGAUGAUGAUUUUGAAUGCCUUGAUUUUAUACCAAUAUGGUGUGUUGCGAUUUAAACAGUUAUGUUGAGUCCCAGGUGUGUCACAUCACGCAUAUAACUUUUUCAAAUUUAUUAGUUUCCAAAAAUUUAUCUAGCUCACUUGAAUUUAUCUGAUAAAUAUGAUUCUCCUCCAUGUAAAUGUUAUCAGUAUUGGGUCGUCUUGGUGAUAAAUGACACAGAGAUAACUGUAUAGGUAGCAUAUCUGUGCCCUGUGACAUCAAAGAUACAAUCAAUUUUAAAAUAAAGUAUGACCAUAAGCCUAAGACAAAUGAUUUACAAACAGUUUAAUCGAUCAAUUGUUUAUAUUAGCCUAUCUUGGUGCUUUUACAUUAUAUAUCAACUGAAUUUUAAUAAUCAGUUAUUAUUGUAAGUCUAAAGUAACUGAUUUACAAAUUAUUACAAUCAGUUGUAAAUACUAAGCGUAUUGUGGCCCUGUUACACAAACAAAAUACUGUCAAAUUUAUUAUCAAAUCUAAUUUUACAUGCAAAAGUCUGUGGCAAAUGACAGAUGUACAAAAUUUAUCAAUUGUGAAUAUCAAUUGUUAUGUAUUGCUUUAUGUUACAGCUAAUAGGGCCUAGUCUCUGUUGCAUAAAAGAUGGGAUAAAUUUUACAUUUUGAUUUUAUUUCAUAUGUUUAUGACAAACCAUGUUCAACUAGAAUUACAAUUAUUUUCAAAUAUUGAUUGUGUCUCCUUAUGUUACCCCUAGCAUCUCUUGAAGCUGGGGUCAGUGCAAAUCUUUGCAUACAUGUACAUACAUGGCAUUUAUAGAUGGUAAAGAAAAUGAUGUCUUGUGGAAUAUUUUUUCAGUAUUAAACAUUUAAACCUUGAGUGAGUUUUGUUUUCAUUAUCAAGUGUGCCAAGAAGAUGCCUAAAUGUGGAAAGAUGCCUAAGUGUAAAAUCAUGCUCCAGCAUGAUGCUUCAAUCACAUCGUGUGCAGCUGACUGUCAAGACUAGAUUCAUGCAAUUCUUCAUGUUUUAAUUUCCUCAGACCAAAUUAUUGAUUUAUCUCUUCCAUCAUUUUACCAAAAGAAGUAUUCAACUCGGUAUUAACUAUUUACCUUUUUUUUAAACGGUUGUCUAUUUUGUGAUUUUUUUUUUAUAUACAUGUACAGUAUAUUGCAUUUCUCUGGUCUUUCUUGAUAUUCUUACUAGUGUAUUUUUGGUUACUUAUUAUUGCUACAUGUACAUGCUAAGAUUAUAUGUGGUAGUUUGGUAUUUUGGAAAUAAAUUUGUGUAUCUGUUCAGAUAUAUGCUAAGUGGCUAUGCCAUACAUUUCAGUAAUAUAGUAUUAAUUUGGAUGACACAGAAUGAGAUAUAAAUAUUCCAAUUGUUAGGGCCAAUAUAAUAUUACACAAAUUAAUGACUUGCAAUAUUGGCCAGAACAAGCAGAAUAUUUCUUGUAAGAUUUAGAAGAACCAUCCAAUAUAAAAUCAGGGGCUGCAAAACAUUUUUGAAAGUAGGGGAUCAGCUUGCAAAAUUAAAUAUGACAAUUUUCUACGUUUUUAAAAAACAUGUUUGCUAGGAAAAGAAUUGGGGGAGGGGCUCAAUCCACCUCAGUCCCUUUGGUUCUGCUGCCUCCUACAUUGGCCUCUUAGUGAUUCAUUAUUUUAAACUGUGCAUUGCAUGGUUGCCGCACUGCAAAUUGUGUACGGAAGCCUAUGGAGAAUUUGUCAGAUUUUGGCACAGCAUGCAUUAUGCUCUGGUACUGCUGGGAAAAUCAUGCAGACCAAUCAAUAACGUGCAGAAUGUUGCAAUAUCGGUUUACGGAAAAAUUGAUGAUCCCUCUAUUAGCAUACAGUACAUUGUACAUGAAAAUUACAUGUACAGCAAUA